CGACACGUCCACAAGCCGCGGCUAAUUAAGUUUGCAAGAUGGCAAGUACAAGCUUCAGCUUUGUUCUUCUCUCUGUUCUGUUGCUUCCUCUGGUGCUCAGUUCUCCACUGGGGUCCAUAUUCCAUCAGCACAAGGCUGCCUAUCGUCCCUCACUGGGUGCAGAUCCUGGAGACCCUCUCUACCUCACUCCCUACAUAAAGAAGGGAGAUGUCGCCACUGCUCACAAGUUGAGUGAAGUGACGGAGAAGCUAGCUGGUGUGACCAGUUACUCUGGCUUCCUCACUGUCAAUGAGACUUCCAAUGGAAACAUGUUCUUCUGGUUCUUCCCUGCACAGAAUGGUAACAAAGAUGCACCGUUGAUGCUGUGGCUUCAAGGUGGUCCCGGAGGCUCCUCCCUCUUUGGUCUGUUUAACGAGAACGGCCCCCUCGUGGUGGACUCCAGCGGGAAGGUGUCUCUCAGGAAGGUCACUUGGAACACCGACUACCACAUGCUCUACAUCGACAACCCUGUUGGCACUGGUUUCAGUUUCACUAACGACAGUAAGGGAUUCUCUACUAAUGAAGUAGAAGUGGGGAUCAACCUGUACUCUGCCCUCACUCAAUUCUUCACCGUCUUCUCCGAGUACCAAGCAAAUGACUUUUAUCUCACUGGAGAGUCGUAUGCAGGGAAGUACGUGCCUGCCAUUGGUUACAAGAUCCACACUGAGAACAUGAACAACCCAGCUGUCAAGAUAAACUUGAAGGGACUUGCCAUCGGAGACGGACUCUGUGACCCUGAAAAUAUGAUGAAUGCGUACGCUGACCUUGUGUUCCAAUUUGGAAUGGUUGAUGAGAACCAAGCCGCUUACAUUUUUUCACAGACCAAUACGGCUGUGCAGCACAUCAAAGCCAAACAGUUUUACGAUGCCUUCAAGAUUUUUGAUGCUCUGCUCAACGGAGAUCUGAUACCGUAUCCUACAUACUUCUACAAUGUUACUGGAUCCACCAACUACUACAACAUUCUCAGGACCUCGUCUCCUCCUGAUUUUAACUACUACGUUCCCUUCAUCAACACCACUGACAUCAGACGAGCCAUUCACGUCGGCAGUCUCAGCUAUGGCUCUCACGCUGAAGACGUGGAAAUGGCCCUUGGAAACGACAUUAUGGACACAGUGAGGGACUGGUUGUCAGUACUCAUGGACAACUACAAGGUGCUCCUGUACAAUGGACAGCUGGACAUCAUUGUGGGGGUUCCCCUUACGGAGAGCAUGUUGCAGGUACUGCAGUGGUCGGGAAGAGACGCCUACCUCAAGGCUGACAGACAAGUGUGGAAGAUAGGAGAUGAUGUUGCCGGGUAUGUGAGGACAGUGAACAAGUUUAUGCAGGUGGUCGUGAGAGGGGGUGGGCACAUUCUCCCGUUUGACCAGCCGGAGAGAGCACUCAACCUCAUCCAGAACUUUGUGAACAUGCAAUAGCCUGAUUAUUAUUUUGGAGAUUAUUGUCAAGAGUUCUACUCUUUUACACUUCAUAAUUAUAUAAUUUUGCUUGUCUUUCUAUAAAAUAAUUAUAUACGUAGCUAUAAUUACGACUGUGAACUCUGAUAAGAUUUGUAUGACCAUGCUUCAAGCUAGUAUAAAAAAACUCUAUGUGUUAGUGACAUCUAGAAUCUAUGUCAUUGUGGUUGUUUUAUCUCUCCGCUUGUAAUCUUUUUUCGCACCAUG